CUGUGCGUGACAUACACAACAACAACGAUAAUAAGUUUUUCUUUUUUCUGGGGCUCCUUUAUUUCUCUCUCUCUCUCUCUCUCCCUCAUUCACCUCGACUUCAAUUAAGGAGAAAUAGAGCCACCCGUACACUCAAUUCUCAACAACACCGGCAACUUGCUUUUUUAUUCUACACCCUGUGCCUUAUUAUUCUCUUUCUCUCUCUCUUUUGCUUCUUCUUUCUUCCCCGUUUGCCGUCUCUCCCCACCCCCCUUAAACCUUUCUCUUAACAGCGACAAACGCAAUUAAAACAGACACAUACUCGAUUUGAGAAACACGUUAUUACUCAUCAUCAACAAUGCCAUUUAUCAAUCCGUGGGGAUCAGCACCACGACCCAACACAUUGCCAAAAAAGCAACAACACCAACCGGCCGUUGAGAGCGAAAAGAAAUAUCAGUACGUCGAAGAAGUUCUAAGCGCGCCCGAUUACUACCAUGUGCUUGGGGUUAGCAAGGAGUCUCCCACUGAAGAUAUUCGAAGAGCUUACAUACGGCGAAGUCGAGUAUGUCAUCCAGACAAGUUCGUACCGCCCUAUCCCCGAGCCACUGAAAGUUUUCAGCUCUUGUCGCUGGCCUAUGAGACGCUGAGCAAUCCAUCCUCAAAACUCAUAUACGACUUGUCCAAGCAACAACAUCCAAUGGCUUCACCCAUGCAUUCUGCAGACGACGAUGGAAAUCCAAACGACACAUUACAGCGCGUGUUGCAUCAGCUUUUUAUCGAAAUGAUGGAUGGUGAAUUCCAAACCAUGCGUGCAUUCAUCCAUGCCUUGAAUGAAACAAAUCCCGGUAUGCAUAUAAGUGAAGAUGCCAUUAUCCAAAUCGAACUUGCGUUCCGCAAAAUGCGAGAAUUAUUACUAUCCACACAUACAUAUUACAAAGUGAUCCAGUUUGAACUGAUGCGACUGUAUGAGCUACAACAAGAGCUGCGACGCCUCUCGUAUUUCGAUCUGUGGCGUCGGAUGGCCCUGUCGAUCACCAUCUGCAAAACCUUGCUCCAGCUGCCUAUCAUGAUCAACACAGCGUCUCGAGAAAAGAAAGAAAAACUGCAGUUAGAAGAUGUCAAUCAGCAGGGUCUUUUGGGCAUGCGUGUGGAAAAUGCGCUCAAGUUAGCGGUGGGUCUACUAGAAGCAGGUGAACGGUAUGCCACCGCUUGGUAAAGAAGAUGAACAAAAAAAAAAAAAAGCUACAACAACAACAACAACAUGAACAUUUGCAUAGUAA